AUGGCGCUGGCCGUACUGAGCUUCGCCCUCCUCGUCGUGACGUCCUCCGGUGCAGCCUCGCAGAGGCCCUGGAUCGAGCAAAUUUCCUGGAGGCCGCGUGCUUACUUGUACCACAACUUCUUGAGCGAGGCCGAGGCGGAUCAUGUGGUCACGCUGGCCAAGCCGCACAUCACGCGCUCCAGUGUCCUGAACGACGACGACAGUGUCUCGGAUGCGCACGAGGUCCGCACCAGCUAUGGCACCUUCCUCAGGUCUGCCCAGGAUGAGGUCAUCUCCGGGAUUGAGGAGCGGGUGAGCCGCUGGGUGCACCUGCCCGUCUCCCACAUGGAGGACAUGCAGGUGCUCAAGUACGUCGACGGCCAGAAGUACGACGCGCACUGGGACGAGCGUGCAGCGGAGGACGGGACGCCCGUCGGCGGUGGCUCCCGCCGCAUCUGCACCGUGCUCAUGUACCUGUCCGACGUGGAGUACGGCGGCGAGACAGCCUUCCCCGGCGGCUUCUGGCUGGACGCCGCGGUGCAGAACCGCACCGAGUUCAGCGCCUGCGCGGCAAAGGGGCCGGCGGCCCUAGCAAGAAAGGGCGACGCCAUUAUGUUUUGGGACAUGAAGCCCGACGGGGUAACCCUGGACCGGUACAGCCUGCACACGGGGUGCCCGGUGCUGGCCGGAGAAAAAUGGAGCAGCACCUUCUGGAUCCACGACAACCCCUUCCGGCGCAGCCCGGGGUCGCUGCUGGCCGACAUCGACUCCGCCCCCGCCCCUGCCUGCGAGGACCAGUCCACCACCUGCGCGACGCUGCUGGCAGGGAGGGAAGGCGCGCCAUGCUUGGAGGACCAGGCGGCACGCUGCCGCCGCUCCUGCGGCCGGUGCUGCCAGGCGGGGGACGUGCUCUGCGAGCGCCGCGCCAAGCGCAUCGUCGCCAACUGA